CUGGUGUCAACACAAGUUUCUGUGUACCGUCAAACAAAACAAAAGUGUGAUCCAAUUUCCUCAUGUGAUUGCGUACAUCAGUGCUUUUACAACGUAAGGAGAAACAGCAGCCAAAACUAAUGCUUCAAUACUGUAAGUGCAGUCCUAAUAGUUUAUAAUUCAUAAAAAAAACAUGCCUUUACUCGUGAUUAAGAGGGGGUCUGUUUGCUUUUACAAAUCCUGUACCAUCGCCUCAGUGAGCCACAUUCUGACACGUGAUUGGCUCGUCGUGGCCUCACUCCUCCAAUCACAAAGCCGCUCUGGCUCCGCCCGCCACAUCACUAGCAUGGCGGAAGACGGAGCAGGAAUUCCGCGUAUGCGCCGAUGACAGCCUCGUUGAUGGGGGCAACACCGAUUAUGACCAUCCUGUGGCAGUACAGAUCUGCUGGGAGGAGAGCCCAUCACUAAAGUCAACGAACCAGCUGCGAGCAACUUGGCAUCAGUUUAUCCGCGGACACACACAAGCUGCUCGGGCCGCCGGUUGGUAUCAGACUUGACAGACGGUGGAUGAAGCCGAGCGGUGGCUCAGAUGCUCUGAGUUGGACCGGUGCCUUUUCGCCACUUUGAACGCCUUCGCUGGGAUUAACUCGGCUUGCGUUCUCUUGUUGUCGAAGAGUUUUUUGAAGACGAGAUCAUGGAUUUGUUCGGGGUGUUGCAUUUGGACGAGCUGUCUCACGGGCUGGCGAACUUGUCCAUGUUUCCAUACUUUGACAUGGCGCACUAUAUCGUGUCAGUCAUGGCUCUGAGGGAGCAGCCAGGUGCUCUUGAGGUGUCCAGAGUUAGCCCCUUAGCCUGCUGGUUCAGCUCCAUGCUCUUCUGUUUUGGUGGAGCUGUGCUGUCGGGGAUCAUGCUGGCCGAACCACCUGUCGCACCUUUGUCCAACAGCACCAGCGUCCUGCUCGCUUCCAUCAUCUGGUACCUCGUGUUUUACUGCCCCAUGGACCUGGUGUACUGCUGUGCUGCCCUGCUGCCUCUCAGGCUGGUGCUGUCAGGAAUGAAGGAAGUGACCAGGACGUGGAAGGUGCUCGGAGGGGUCACCCAGGCGCACAGCAAAUACAAGGACAGUCUGCUGGUUAUGAUAGCCAUUGGGUGGGCUAAAGGUGCCGGAGGUGGUUUGAUGAGUAACUUUGAGCAGCUUGUUCGAGGUGUAUGGAAACCAGAGACUAACGAGCUCCUCAAAAUGUCUUAUCCCACCAAGAUCACCCUGAUGGGGGCGGUGCUGUUUGCUCUGCAGCAGACCCACUACCUGCCUCUCCAGAAGCACCACCUCAUGCUUAUCUACACCGUCUUCAUCGUUGUGAACAAGUCACGAAUGAUGCUGACAGGUUCCUCCGCCUCACCGUUCGCCGCCAUCGAGUCGGCCAUCUACAAGGCCCUUUUCGCUGGCUACUCCCCGUAUGCCGCCCUCACCGACAACGUAAAGGAAACGUGUAACGAUAAUGGCACAAGCAACACAACGACCUCCACGGCCACAACCAAAGAGUCCCGUGAUAAUGGGACAAAAGGGAAGCACACGUUCAAGGGACAGAGUGGAUCGCUCAAAGCCAAAGAAGAGUCAGAGAACGCAGAGACAGCAAGCUGCAAGAAGAGCGACUAAUCAACCUUGGGCCCAUAGCGCCUUUUCACCUCAGAGCUGGGUUGUGGAGUCAUCUCUGAUUCAGAUCUGUCAUGUCAGGAUGUAAACUUUCUGACUGCUGAAAGAGAAUUUGAACAAGAGCCGACUCCAACCAACCCUGCACCUUAAUGUGGGAUUAUCACCCCAUCCUUGAAGUACUGUCUCGUUAUGCUGUCCAAUGUGACCAUAAUACUUGGGCUGAUUGCACACCUGCAGUACAAUGUGUAGCUUAAUUUUUAAUGUAUAUUUAUAAUGGGUACAAACUGUACCCAGAUAAUUUUCCUCUGGGUUUUGGGAACAGUGCUGUGCACCUGCUGAUCUAUGAAUGUCUUAGUUAUGGAUUUCUCUCUGUAUAUAUUCUGCUUCAUGUAAAUACUAUAUUUCCUACUCUGAAAUGGCUAGAAGCAUUUUUUAAAAGAGAUUAUAUUCUACAAUAUUUUGUUUUAUUUAUACUAAAUAAUUGCACUCUUGAUUGUAUGAUAUUUCAAAAUGAAAGACCACCUUUCAUUGUAUUCUGUGUCAUUGGCGAAUGUUUGAAAGCAUGGGAUUAAAACAGGUUUAAAUACACCAUAAAA